AUGGCAUACAAGACACAACCCAUGAAGAGGAUUUUCCAUAGACGUGGCUCAGAAAAGACAGUCUUUCCACACCUGAAGCCCCUCUCUAUUUAUUCUCGAAUGGUCAUUUCUGAUGCCAUUGAUUCCCUUUCACCCAUUCCAUCAUGGACUACUGGUGAUCCUUUCUGCAACUUUAGAGUUGAGCUGGUUAACACUAGUUCAUCUUCUAUCUGUAAGAGGCAACUGGACGAUUCAUGUCUUGAUGAGACAUAUGAGACUCCUCCGAAAAAACCAUGUCUUGCUAAAUGCUAUUCCCCAGAUUUAGGCUGUGUUUUAGAUUCCUUUGAAACUUCAGAAGAAGUGAAGAAUAGCACUCCAAAGCUGCCGUCAUCCAUAGUACUUAAUAAGGUCAAUAAAAUAGAAAGUAGGACUAAUAGGAUUUUUAAUCAGUCUGACUCUAAAGUAAAACCCGUUCAGAAGUCUGAUUGUAGUGAUGAGACUGGUGGUCGGAGCAGCGUGGCUCUUAAUGAUGCCCGCUUAAUCAGCCCUACAACUGUAGAAAAAAAGGAUGCGACGGAAGUUGGUCCUGCGUUUAGCUUUGACGUUGAUGAAAUAUUGUGUCUGAACUCAUUCGACCAGGAUGGGGCUGGCAGCGACGGCCUGGAGGAUUUCAUUCAGAGCUGUCAGACUUUUCACGAAGAGCAGCAGUCUCGAAGUCGCAGCUUUUGCAAUGAUUCAAAGCACAAUCAUGAUCAAAAUGAAGGACUUUGUUGCAAAAACAAAUGCGACGAGGGUUAUGUUACAAAAUGUUAUAGAAAAGAAUCUCCCCAAAUGUCCAAGGAAACAACUAAUAAUGAUAACACACAUUCGUAUAAAACAGCAGCACUGAAUGACAAAACGCCACCUGUAUCUCAAACUAUACCCCCGCUCAUGUCCACCCCUUUGGCCAGAUUUCAAGUUCUUGUUAAGCAAUCCCCGCUUUUAAAGCCUGUCCUGGGACCAGAAGAGGAGCAAGUCUCACCCAUAUUAAACCACCAGCCUCUAAAAGCCUCUACAGCCCAGACCACAUGCACUUCCUUAAAAUUCAUGCCUAAUACAAAAAUGUUACCCAUAAUUUCCUUUCUGAAUGAUGAAGAGGGUACGCUGAGUGUUGGCACCUCGAUCGACAAGUCGUUAGUGCGCCACAUUCAGCAGCAGGAGACUGGCAGCUCGGUGAAGGAAGAUGUGGUGGAUACGGUGUCAGUCAGUCAGAAGGUGGGCCCACAGUUUCAGGAGACUUCCUAUGAAACAUCAUGUGCAGAAAGCAGCUUUGACACGACAAUGCCCCUUCAUGUCCAGGUGAAGUCAAAGGUGGUUUUGCUCAGCAAGCAGCAACCGGAUGCAUGUUCCAUAACUGCAGUCAAAGCAACAGAACCUCAACAACCAGAGAGGAAAGUCCAGUAUGUGAUCCAAAGGGUGGUCCAUAAAGAAGAUCCCAGACCAUUGGUGUUUGGUAGAGAAGAGGACUGGGAGAGAGAGAAGAGAGUGUAUGUGGACUCGGUGACCAGACACAUGAAAGAUAAUGCAGGGGCAGGAGAUGGUGUGAUGGCUGAACUUUUACACCUCAUGAAUGCUGUAGCCAAUCAGAGGGCACAAAGCGAUGGGAGACAGUGGCAGCACCCAUCAGAUCUCAGCAGCAGAAACUACCAGCUACGCAACAGGGGUCGCCUACUCUCGCUGGACGAAUGGCAGAAUCUGAACAUGUGUAAAUUUCGUCGUUUUGCUAAAGUGCCCCAGAAGUUCAAGCGGAGUCCAGUGCUUUAAACAAGCCCACCUGACCACACAGAACUCAGGCUUUAUUUAGAAAAACUGUACUAACGCCUGGUUAGGAUGCGUCAUCCUGCACUUAAAAGCUUUACUUGUUUUCUUUUCUUUAGUUUGUGUAUUUUAACUGAAAACUGCUGUUUUUGUGUGUAGUGUGUUUUUAAUUAAGCAUUUAAUGUUUGCUGUGAUGACGGUGUGUUCAAGGUUGAUUAAUGUGCAGCAGUUUUAUUUCAAGAACUGACUGAUGGGCGUGGCUGGACAUUUCAUAUCUGGUUUUUGAAAAGCUGAUCCAGCUGCAGUCCUGCAUCCAUUUGGCUUGGCGUUUUCAUUCGGACUGGAUUUUAUAUGUGAGGCCGAUUAUGUCCUACAUUUUUAGUUGUAGCUGUUAUUAAUUACUCAGGAAGGACUGCGUGUCCAGCGGUGACUGCAGCUUUUCAUACCAACCAGACAGGAGCUUCAUGCGUUUUAUCUGUUAGUCAUUGAUACAUCUCUAAACGCUUGUUAGGUUGCUCCUGCUUGGUUUGUAUGAAAUCCUGCAGCUACACCGACUCUUUGGAAGCAAGACGUGACACCCGUCUUAACAUCAGGUCCGGAUUGUGGAUCUGUUUUACUGUUUGUGCUUUGGAUUGAUUGAAUCUGUCUUUUUGUUUGUGUUCAAAUUACUACUUUUUGCAUGUGGCUUUCUUUGUGUUUUACUUUAUAGUGUUGCUUUGUGGAGUUGCUGUGAAGGACUCAUUUUCAUUGUUGGCACAUUUUGUAUCAUCUGUUUAUCAUCAAGGACCAAUACUAUUAAAGCUUUUCAAUUUUC